UUUAUGAAAUCCGUGUCAAAUUACACAUAUUUGAUUCGGUAAGCAUGGCGAAAUUAACUUAUUCUUUGAUGCCUCUUUUCCUGACAAAUCUUGUUGUUUUAGCACAGAGAACUUCUGCAAACAAUGAAACAUUGUUUCCAUGCAAUAAUGACGUGUUUUGCCGCGGAAACCUUUUACAUACUGUGCAAAUGGCCAGRCUGUUCAACGAUUCCAAGUCUUUUGUUGACAUGAGAAUGAGCCAAAACCCAGAAGAUGUGUUGGCUGGAUUUUCACGACUUYCAMAKAACGCCAGCAGAAGUGAUCUUGCUGCCUUCCUGAAGGAGAACUUCCUUCCUCCUGGCAARGAUCUUGUGGAAUGGAAACCCGACGACUGGACGGAAAAACCUGCAUUCCUUGAGAAAGUUGUUGACAAACGGUUGAAGACAUUUGGCUACCAUUUGAACGACGUCUGGCUGAAACUCGGACGGAAAAUAAAUCCAGAUACAGCGCAAAAGUUCCCUAAUCGAUCAUCCCUCAUUCUGGUUGACGAGCCCUUCGUCGUUCCUGGAGGAAGAUUUCGCGAAUACUAUUAUUGGGAUACGUAUUGGACGGUGGAGGGUCUUCUAGCUUGUGCAAUGAAUAACACUGUCAAACARAUGAUAAGUAACUUUGUGCAACUUGUGAAAAAAUAUGGGUUUGUGCCAAACGGAGGRAGAAUUUACUAUCUUAACCGCAGUCAACCACCAUUUCUUAUUCCCAUUGUUGAUCUAUAUUUGGAAGCAACCAAGGAUUUCGACUAYGUGAAGRCAAUWCUCCCUUACUUGGAAACCGAGUAUGAAUUCUGGAAUGCCAACCGCAGCGUACAGGUCAASAAAUCAGGGAUCACUCAUAAGCUUAACUAUUACUCUGCAAAUAUGAAUACACCUMGACCAGAGUCCUACUACGAGGAUGUCCAUACUGCAAGUGGAUUAAAGGACAAAGGCCGAGUCUACCGCGAUAUUGCGUCUGCAGCGGAAAGCGGAUGGGAUUUCUCAACACGUUGGUUCAGUAAAAAUMCAAAAAGUGACAUGAAGUCCAUUCGUACACGGCGAAUUGUCCCAGUGGAUUUAAAUGCUAUUYUAUACCGCAAUGAACUUACUCUUAAGAACUUUUUCUUAAGAGCCAAAGAUACGCAGAAGUCCGAGAUAUACGACCGUUUGGCAACAGAGAGAAGAAAAUCGAUGGAAGCAGUGUUUUGGAAAGAGGACAAAGCAACUUGGGGAGAUUAUGACCUGGACACUAACUUAAUAAUCGAUCAAUUCUAUGCAUCCAAUGUAGUUCCCCUUUGGGCUGGACUCCAUAAUGGCAACAAGACACRAGACAAAAUAUUUGUCCACGCCCUUAUCGAGAUGGAAGUUUUGAAAUACCCUGGUGGYGUUCCAACAUCUAAGGUUAAYUCGGGAGAACAGUGGGAUUUUCCUAACGCCUGGGCCCCUUUGCAGUACUUUAUCCAAGAAGGUAUCAAAAACACAAACGUCCAACCCCUUAACAAAAUUGCUUUUGAUCUCGCACAAAAAUGGAUCAGAACYAAUUACAAAGCAUGGGUSUCCACGAAAGAUAUGUUCGAGAAAUAYGACGCAAGAGUUCAAGGAGCCCCAGGGGGAGGAGGAGAGUAUGAUAUUCAAGUUGGCUUUGGCUGGACCAAUGGCUAUGCCUUACAUCUUUUGAAGACGUAUCCCACCCAACUGAAAGCUACGGACGACAACCCUUCUUCCAAAGCUGCAACUGCAAUAGGUAGAUUGAUGGAUGUCUUGAUUCUUUGUUUAUGUGCAUGCCUCUUGAUCAACUAACAAAACACUGUGCUGCCAGCUUAGUUGAUUCAUGCAAUAGUAAAGACUUCGGUCCCGGAUCACGCGUUGAGGCCACAAUUGAGCCUUUAGCAGGCUCUCUAUUUGUUUGUUUUUUUGUACUUGUUAAAUAUAGUAACAUAUUGAUAUUUGUGAACAAAAGUGAACAAUUGCAACUUGCAUGAAUGGUAAAUAUGAUUGUAAGAUAAUAAUAGCUAAUAAUAAUGAUGAUGAUAAUWAUAAUGAUAGCUCUGCWACUUAUUUAUUCAUUGACUGRUAGUUGCUGAUUGCUGCGAAUAAACUUAUUUGUAGUUUUAA